ACUGUGAAUAAAAUUGACAAUUUGUUAUUUUUGAGAUUAUCUGAUUGCUAGAACUGUCAACUGUGUUUGACAGUGAACAUUAUUUGAACUACUCGGUUAACCCUACUUUUGUUUUCUGGGUUUUUGAAUUAUUUUGAAGUUGUCAACUGCGUUUGACAUUGAAUAUUUAGUUUCUUCUCGAAAUUGUCAACUGUCUGACAUUGAAAAAUUUUUUGAGAAUCAUAAUAAAUUUAAACCAGCUUGUUUUCUGGGAGUUUUCUCAUUUUUGAUUUUCUUUGACUGUAUCAAACAAUAAUUCAAACUUGAAUUCUGUUGUCAACUUGUAAUUUUUCAGCAUUGUUGUCUAUUAGUGUUAUUUUUGUGCGAGGGUUAAGGGAAAAAUAAGGACUGUUACCGGGAAUAGUGAAGUUGGGGAAAGUGUUCGGACUUCAACGGUUAAUAAGAAGAGGACAGUGUCGAAUAACUUCGAUAGAUUUCAAAUCGAUUGUUUGAGUUUGGACUUCAACGAUUCAAUCACUUAACCUCAACAUGGAUGUGAAUCGACUAUUGAAUGAUGAGCUGACUUAUGAGUUACAGCUGAGAGGACAAGUAAUAAUACCCAGCACAGUAAUGCUAAAGAGAAGUUUAUUACGACAGGUAUUGAAAUUGAAUUUGCCUCUACAGCCGACAGGAAUGAACCCGACACUGGACAUUGAGUCAUGUCAGAACAAACUCACCGACUUGCUGGAAGCCAUUCAACACUUUGACACUGAGAACACCACGAAGGAAUAUACUCGGAUUUCAACAAGAUUAAUACACAUUCAGAGAAGACUGAAUUUUAUUAUCACUAAAAAUGAAACCGAGGCACAGAUCAUAGAACACUUAAAGGAGACUGCAGCUCGGGCCUUGAGUUCAUUGGAGGCAACGUUGACUGCUGACAGACAGCAACCAUCAACCCGACUGGAUGGAUCGCUUUUGGAGGCAGAGAUUCCACAGUCGCCUGAGAUGUCUCCCAUUCAACCAACCAAGGUUGCACAACUGAAGACAUCACUGAUAGAUUUGGAAGAUGAUGAACUCCCACUGCCAACUGCCCAGGUCUCCCAUACUGCAACACCUGCAAAUAAGUCAAGAUUAGUUCAAGUUUUGAAUGAAACAAGACAGGAAUGUGAGAAGUUACUGCAGAAUUUACCAACGAUGCCUAUUCCUCGACCACAACAGCCGAAUAUGAAUCAACCAGAGGCACCAACUCAUAGUCGAUGGACCAGCUCUAUGAGAAGGGUGUCAUUUCCCGAUUUGAAUGAACCCAUGAUGAAUCUGAACCAGCUGAUGACACCGACUACUGCCCAACAAGAAUCUGAACCACGACCGAUGCCGACCUCAACUAUACCCAUCCAUAAAUGGAAUAUUUACUUUGAUGGGACUGAUAGUGUGAUUGGAUUUAUAGAAGAGAUAGAGAGACUUGCUGAAUCCCGAAAGACAUCCUUAGAACAUGUGUUUGAAUCGAUUUACGAACUUCUGCGAAAGGAUGCCAAAGAUUGGUUCAUCCCCCGGAGGGGACUCUUCAGAAACUGGGACGACUUCAAGACUCAAUUAAAAGAGGCAUUCUUACCAGUCAACUAUGAAGAGAAUCUACUGGAUGAAAUCAAGAAGAGGAUGCAAGGUCCUGAUGAGAAGUUACUACUGUACGUCACCCGGAUGCAAAAUUUGUUCCAGAAGCUGACUUGCAAUCGUCCCACUGAGAGUGAACAGAUUCGACUGAUAAGACAGAGGUUAUUGCCAUCACUGCAACAGGCUUUGGCCUUUCAAGAGACCACCACGUAUGAUGAACUCCUGAAAAAGGGAAAAGUUUUUGAAAUGGUUCAAUGGCAGAUGGAACAUUAUACCAAACCACCGGUUAAACCCAGCCUCAUCGAUGAACCACAUCUAACAUAUCAUCAACGUCGUCAACAGGACUACCCGGCCAACCUCUCUGCAAUUUCGGAGAAUACUAGACAACGAAACCACAGUACUCGUCAGGAAGCUCCCACACCAUCUCCAUCUCCGAAGAAGGGCCCGUCAAGACCGCUAACCACAGCCCGAAGGAUAGAAGACUGGAAUUGCUCAGUAUCCCCUAGACCAGAUCGUCCCCAUCUGCCCUCGAGGCCACCGGAAUACUCGACCAACAGAACAGGAAAUGCCAACACCUCCCAGGAUCGGAAUGGAUCACCACCGGAGCGAAGAGUGUCCUCCCAGACACAAUGCUUCAGAUGCGGGGGAUAUGGCCACCUACGUCGAGACUGUCGAGGGACACCGAAAAUGUUUUGCUCCCGAUGUCAACGAGAAAAUAUCCUCUCACGAGACUGCCCAUGUCCUCAAAACCGGAGAGGAACGACACCGUCAACUUCAGCGGGACUCCUAACUACAGUAAUUCCUAUCGUUAGCAACGACAGCUGGCCUCUGGUAGAAGUGCACAUUGAGGGAAAGUUAUUCCAUGCAUUGAUAGACACUGGCGCGGCAAAGAGCUGCUGUAGUCAGAGGGUGGCCCAGCUGUGUGAAAGAAACGGAAUCAAGGGAGAAAAAUCAACGACUGAAGCUGUCAUGGUAGCAAAUGGACAAACUACAGCCAUACCGAAGAUGUAUCACCUUGGAAUGGUGAUAGCCGAUUAUGCCCUGAAGAACAUAGAAUUUUUACUUGUACCCAACUUACCAGUCGACUUAAUCCUGGGAAUAGAGAUGCUGAAGACAUACAACUUCUCCCUGGAUAUCAAGAACACAGAAUGUUAUCUGGAAGGACGACGGAUCCCCAGAGCUAAACAGGUUAGCCAAGAGGUCAUAGAGGUGCAGACUCCCGAAAAACACCUCCAGAACCGAAGAGGAUCCCACAACAAACUGGCCGACAGCCUGUCAAGAAACCCACUACCGACACUUAACUGUGUCCAACUGAAAGAGACAGAUAUUCAAUGUAAGUGGUACAAAAAUAAGUUUCAGGAAGUAGAGAAAGGACCAGAACACUGCCCCGACUAUUCCAUCAUCGAUGGAAGACUACACCGACACUUUUGGGAUUCAUCAGAUGUUAGGGAAGCUGGAACAGGCCAUCCAUGGAAGCUGUGUAUACCCACCGAACAGAGGAACGAAGUACUGAAAGAAAACCACGACUCGGCCUUGGCUGGACAUCUGGGAAUAGCCAAGACAAUUGCGAGGAUCUCACGGAAUUAUUACUGGCCAGGUAUGUUUAGGGACAUUGCGAAAUAUGUCCGGAACUGCACUUCGUGCCAAAAGUUUAAAGUACCCCAACAGCAACUGGCAGGAAAGAUGCAACCUCGAAAGAUGGUGGAUGCGCCAUUCAAGGAAGUAUCAACUGAUGUAGUAGGACCUCUACCCCGCUCCAAGAAAGGUAAUUCCUAUAUUGUAGUUAUGCAGGACAGGUUUACCAAGUGGGUGGAAUGUCGACCAGUGAGGAAGGCCAACGCCAAGACUGUCUACAUGGCGUUAUAUGAACAGGUUGUACUGAAGUAUGGAUGUCCAACCACUGUGAUCUCCGACAAUGGGAAACAGUAUGACAGCCGGCUAUUCAGAGAAAACCUCCAGGCUAUGGGUAUCAAUCACCAGUUUACCCCUACGUAUACUCCACAAUGCAAUCCGGUUGAAAGGGCCAACCGAACACUGAAGACAAUGAUUGCUCAAUUCUGCGAGGCAGAUCACCGAAAUUGGGAUGAAAAGGUAGGAGAAUUAACCUUUGCUAUUAAUACUGCUCGACAGGACUCUACAGGAUUCACUCCGGCAUAUCUAAAUUAUGGAAGGGAACUGCGCAUCCCCAAAGCCAUAUAUGCCACGGAACCCAGGAAUCAAGGAUCUGGAGAUCCCAACGAGAACACCGAAGAAAAAGAAGAAAGUUUGACUCACCGUACAGAGCAGAUUCAACACCUACUGGAGGCCUAUGAGUUUGUAAGGACCAACCUAUACAGGGCAUUUAAUCGACAAGCUCAUAACUAUAACCUUCGACGUAGAGAAGUUCGUUUCCAGGUAGGCGAUCAAGUGCUUCGUCGUACACAUCACCUAUCAUCCGCCGUUAAUAACUUCGCAUCUAAGUUAGCUCCAAAGUUUGAAGGGCCAUUUCUUGUUGUGAAGGUGAUUUCACCAGUUAUUUAUGACCUGAAAGACCGGUCAGGCAAAGAGGAUGGCGGAGAGUCUGCAUAGUCGCUGGGCAGCGAUCCAGUGGGGAGAUGAGGUGGUGUACGAGCCACGAAGCUCAUCACCGGAGACAAUACCGGAAGUACCGGUGUUGAGGAGAAGAACGGUGACAGAGGUGAGGAUGUCUAGAGCCCCCCAGAGCUCAGUAUCGUCAGUACGAGGGAGAAACACCCUAGCAAGAGUGGAGAGGGUGGUGAAACGGACCACUACCCAGUCUACACAAACACCCCCUUUGUGCCAGCUGCGUGCCAAUCAAACCACACCGGCCCCCAAGAAUGUCCGUACGGUAGGUACGAUGGGAUCUAGGGUCUAUCUGGAGGUGCGAUCCAACACUUGCUGGAAGUGCGGCAAGACAUGCCCCUCGCGGCAGGAGUGUCGAGGUCCACCACUCCUAUUUUGCAGCAGAUGUGGUUUGAUAGGUACGCAGACCAGGUACUGCGAGUGCGUACCCAGGAAACUGGCCCCACGACCGCCAGCAACUAGGUCGGAACAACCAGCCAGGCAUCCAUGUGCAAGAUGCACAGAAAGGGAGGCCAUGCAGCGGAA